CAUACUUCUUUCCUUCCAAUUCUUUUAUAUAUCCUCUUUCCCCAUAUAUAUUAAAAAUGUCCAAUUUAGGAAAUCUUCCACCUAAUAUUUUAUCCAAACUUAGUAGAGAUUCAAAUGUCAUUAUAGAAUCUUCCAAAGAUUUUGGAAAAAUUGUUCUAGAAAAAUUCCCAGAUGGAGUUUAUUUUCCUACUAGUGUUAAUGACAUAAUUGACCUUGUUAAAUUUUCUUAUGACCUUUCUGUCCCUUUUCAUAUAGCAGCUAGAGGUCAUGGCCAUUCCAUUAGGGGUCAAGCCAUGGCACAAAAUGGGCUAAUUGUGGAAAUGAAUUCUUUAAAUAAUAAUAAUGAGAAUUGUGGAAUUAGGGUUUAUUCGGAUUCGAAUUUAGGAUUUUACGCGGAUGUUGGAGGUGAACAGUUAUGGAUUGAUGUUCUUAAUGCCACCAUUGAGCGUGACCUAGCACCCGUAUCGUGGACGGAUUAUUUAUACCUCACCGUAGGUGGUACUCUCUCUAAUGCAGGCAUUAGUGGCCAGACUUUUCAAUAUGGUCCUCAAAUCAGCAAUGUUCUUGAAAUGGAUGUUAUUACUGGUAAAGGGGAAUUAGUGACUUGCUCCAAAGACAUGAAUUCAGAAUUAUUUUUUGCAGUUUUAGGAGGUUUGGGACAAUUUGGAAUAAUAAUAAGGGCAAGAAUUGUAUUACAAAAAGCACCAAAAAGAGUGAAAUGGGUGAGAAUGUUGUAUGAUGAUUUCUCAAAAUUCACAAAAGAUCAAGAACAUCUUAUUUCAAUUGAUGGAUUGGAUUAUGUUGAAGGCUCACUAAUGUUGGAACAAAGCUCUAUAAAUAAUUGGAGAUCUUCAUUUUUUUCACCUUCCAAUCAAACCAAAAUUGAAUCAUUAUUAUCCCAAAAUGAAAUUAUGUAUUGCUUGGAAAUGGUGAAAUACUAUGAUGAUCACAUUUCUAAUACUAUUGAUGAGGAAUUGAAGAAAUUGGUAAAAGGAUUGAAGUAUUUGCCUGGAUUUAUAUUCAACAAAGAUACAACAUUUGUGGAAUUUCUUGAUAGAGUAAGAAGUGGGGAAUUAGAGUUACAAUCAAAAGGAUUAUGGGAUGUUCCUCAUCCAUGGCUUAAUUUGUUUGUACCAAAGUCCAAUAUUAUGGAUUUUAAUGUUGCUGUUUUUAAGGAUAUUAUUCUCAAACAAAAAAAACCAACUGGUUCAAUACUUGUCUACCCAACAUGCAGGAAAAGGUGGGAUGAUAGAAUGUCAAUAGUGAUACCAGAGGAGGAAACAUUUUAUAUUGUGGGGUUUUUACAUUCUUCAAGUGGAUAUGAUGAAUGCAAAAUUUUGGAUAAUCAAAAUGAAGAAAUAUUGAAGUAUUGUGAUAAUAUUGGCCCAAAUAUAAAGCAAUAUCUUCCUUAUUACAAAAUAAAAGAAGAUUGGAUCAAACAUUUUGGGAAAAAAUGGAAUAUUUUUCAAGAAAGGAAAAAUCAAUUUGAUCCAAAAAAGAUUUUAUCACCUGGACAACAAAUUUUUAAUUAGUAGUUUUUUGCUACAUAAGACGGAUAAAUUAUGUAAUGCUUUCUAGUUUUUUUUU